CUUUGUUUACACGGUUUCCAUGGUGAAAGAAACACAGAAUCGCCUAGUCAGAAGGGCUUGUGAAAAGCAGAUUCUUGAUUGCUCUCUAAUAAUGAGUGCCACAGAGAAUGAGAAGAAGGAGUAUUCUACUCUCCUGAACAAUAGUCUCCGGGAGCUGUUGGAUACACUGGGCAAAGCCCACAAGGCUGACAUCCUGGCUUACAGUUCAGGCCACUUAAAUCACAACAAACUCCGGAAACUAUUGGUGAGGAAGUCCAACAUGCCGCAAUGGGAAAGUUCCCAGCAGAAGGAAAGCGGUCCUCUGCAGAAACGGGUUUCCAAGGCCCUGGUGAAGAAAAUGACAGAUGCCUGGGCUGACUUCACCAUAAACACCAGUUUGAUUACGGAUCACCCCAGUGCUGAAUCCUCAUUGUUUAGAUGCCCUUAUCCACAAGAGUCUGUGAAAUCAUCCAUUACACCAAUUGGAAAGGACAGGAAAGACAACUCUAGCAGGAGGCACAGAGAGUCACUCAAAGAGGUGGAACCCACUGAUUUAUUGCUGUUAAAACCACAACCAGUCAGAUAUGACAGGCAUAACACAGAGUGCACCCCGGACCAGUAUCAAAUCACACAGUCCUAUAUCAGUGGCCUGACGAGAACGGACCAGUUCAACAUGCUGCUGGACUUUGAAAGGGGAAUUCUGAGGACGCAGGACAUGCAAGAAAUGGAGUCCAAGUCAGGUCACCAUGUUGUUAAGAGGCAUGAAGAGAAAUUGGUUCAGGAACUGAAGAAGAUCUCGUCGGCCAGCUGGCCAAGCUUCACCUGCCUGCAGAUCUUCAGGGACAUUUUCAAUGACAUUUGCAAUGAAUCACAUGUUUUUGGUGGCAUCUUAACGCAAAUUAAGACAGAGUAUGAGCUGUACCUUGAGUCAGUUCUCGACAACCAGCCUGCAGUUCAACACCAGUCAUUGCAGGCUCAAGUGCGAGGAAUGGAGAAGAAAGCUGUCAUAACACAGGAAGUGGAGGGUGCCAGACAGGAAGUCCUAAGACAGCAGGAGAUUGCUAGGAAAGCUUUGGAGGAAAAUGAACAACUGAGGAAUGUGUUGCAGUUUGAACUGUCAAAGCCUGGAACCCUUGAAGAAGAAGAAACAUGCAAGAAGCACAUGACAGCGCUGGACACAAAGGAAGAACACACGGCUACAGCUGCAGAGCUGGUCCAGUCAAAGAGGCGCCAAAUCCAAGCUGUGUGGGAUGAAAUUCAAGAACUGGAGAAAGACAUCAAAGACACCAUGGUUCCAAUUGUUAUUACCAACACAACCGAGAAGUGCAUCAGAGACACCAAGGCUGAGGUGACCAAGAUACGAACAUUCACCGAGUAUAUCCAGCAAGCAACAAAGGAUCUAGAAAAUGGUAUUAGUAGGCUACUCAGCAGAAAGGAUGUUAGCAAGGAGAUCCAAGAAAACUUCAUGUCGUUCCAGGGAACUAUGGGACACGAUCAAGAAUGUUCUCACGCAUGAAGACGAAUUACCUUCUUGAUCAAUAAAACUUUGUUAAUAGAAGAAAUGUAUAGUCUUGGAACUAAAGUUACUGUUUAUUGUUUGUAAUGUACAAUUUUGGCCAAAAAAAGUAUGAAAACAAAUUUUUGCUGAAUUACUGCUGCACUUUUUUUUCUCAGUUUUAACUCUUGAGUCUCAUUGAAAAGUGGAUCAGUAUAAAUGAACAGCACAAUGCAUUUGCAAGAUCGUACUGCUUUGUGCAGUAAACAAACUAUUGUUUUAAUUGCAUCUGUUGAUCUUUGAUUUUCUCUUGUUUUUUUUAAAUUCAGAUCAAUGUGAUUACAUGUGGUUUAUGUUGCUGUGCACAUCCUUGUCAGAGUAGACAUUUUUAAUUACUGUCUGUCACUAGGUGUAUGUUUCAGUCUGGUGUAUUCUGGGAGUUCCUGUGCUUCCAAAAACAAGGCAACAUGUUUCUCAUGGUUGACCAGGGUUCUAUUCUGAGAAACAUGUUUCCAAAAAGGUCCUGUCUGAAUUGAAGCAUCAAAGAGUGUGACACUUAUCAUGCAACUUUGCAAGAUGCCAGCUCCCACAAAAGACGGUUUGAUUGUAAUGAUGUCAUUGAGAUUGAUUGUACUUCAUGCAAGUGAGGCAUAGCAUUAAUAGAUGUAGAAGUAUGCAGUUCAGAAGGCUGUUUGGCCCAGGAUCUUGCUUUCUGGUCCAGCAUAAGCCACCUUCAAGUAAGUUAGGACCCCCAGCCAAGUCCAGGUGAUGGAGGGCCACCCAAAAGGAAGAUACAGUUGCAAAGGAGGCAGUGGGGAGGUGGGGGAGAAAGACUUUCAGGACUUUUCAUGAAAGAUGGGCUUGGUCUUUAUAGGAUUAGUGUAGCAUGCCUAACC